AUGCUGAAAAUAAACGCAGAUAACAGCAUCUAUGGCAGACUCUCAUUCUACCUAAUUGGUGGCUAUUCUUUAUCUAUGGUCGUCUACUCCUAUCCGUCUCUCUUGCCUAUUCAGAUAUUUAUUUGUAUCUUUCAAUCUAUCCAUUUACAUGUACCGACUUAUCUAAGUCUUUACACAUCUAUCUAUCUAUCUAUCUAUCUAUCUAUCUAUCUAUCUAUCUAUCUAUCUAUCUAUCUAUCUCAGUCUGGUUAUAUCUAUCUUAUUCUGUUUCUAUCUAUCUAUCUAUGUUCAUAUAUAUGUAUUUUUUUCAUAUCUAUCUAUCUAUCUAUCUAUCUAUCUAUCUAUCUAUCUCGUAUUUUUCUUGAUGUUUUGGUGAAGGCGUGGUCAAUGUUCAGACGAACCCCCUCCCAGGAUAUGAAAUCCGAUCCCGAGUCUCCCCAUCGGAAGUUCUUUUUGUUCGUUGAUUAUUUUAAUGGUCGAAGGGAUUAG